AUGCGCACUGUCUGUUUCCAGCCUGGUCCUUUGACCAUGCCGGAUCUGGGCGAGUUCAGCAUGGCUGCCAGUGGAGAGCAGGUGGAGGCUGAAGGUCCAACCCAAGGCAAGAAGGUUGGGAAAGAUGGAAAGGAAGAGGAGCAGGACCAGGUGGAGAGGCUGCCCUUGAGCGCUUUGCCUGAGAAUGCUUUGUAG